CCUCUGGCGCUAUGACGGCACGCGCAGAGCCGCGGGCGCCGCGGCCUGGAGUUGGGGUGGGAGUCGUGGUGACUAGCACUAGGCAUCCUCGCUGUGUCCUCCUGGGAAAGAGGAAAGGGUCGUUUGGAGCUGGCAGUUUCCAACUUCCUGGGGGUCACUUGGAGUUCGGUGAAAGCUGGGAAGAAUGUGCUCAAAAGGAAACCUGGGAAGAAGCAGCUCUUCACCUGAAAAAUGUUCGCUUUGCCUCCGUUGUGAAUUCUUUCAUUGAGAAAGAGAAUUACCAUUAUGUCACUAUACUAAUGAAAGGAGAAGUGGAUCUGACUCAUGAUUCAGAACCUAAAAAUGUAGAGCCUGAAAAAAAUGAAAGUUGGGAGUGGGUUCCUUGGGAAGAAUUUCCUCCACUGGACCAGCUUUUCUGGGCACUACGUUGUUUAAAGGAACAAGGCUACAAUCCAUUUAAAGAAGAUUUGAAUCAUCUAGUAGGAUAUGGAGGAAAUCAUUUCUGGAUGAACAAGAAGAUUACCUGAUUUAAAAAAAAUACAAAAUAAGGUUCAGUCAGAGAAUGAAAAAUAUCUGUAUUUCAUAACUCCAUUUAUCUGAAAAGUUUUAUAUAAUUACCAGUUUAUUUUCAGUCCCUUAAUAUACCUACUACCCAAUCAGCUAGUAUUUGUGAAAAUUUUUCUGGGAUUAUGUUAUGAAUUAUAUUCUAGACUCAGAAAAUGUGAUAGAUGGUGAUAAUGUAAUCUGCUUUUCAUAUUUCUCUCUGAUAUUUUCUGUGUAGUUUGUCAUUACCAGCUUGUAUGGAGUAGAGUGCAGUGGACUUUGCUUUAGUUUUUCAGCUCAAAUAGAGAUGCUAACACUGUGUCUGUGGUGGAAUAGAUCAUAUUUGUUGAUUUUUCUCUUCUAUUUUGUCUGAGACAAAAGAUUUUUGGUAAUAUAUUGUGAGAGUCCUUGCAACUAGAGUGAACAGAACAGGUUAGUAGGGUAUAUUUUCUAGGUUUCUGAUUGAGAACCUAAAGCAAGAGAAGUGAGAAAAACCUUCUAGGAUCUGUGGUCUAUCAUUCUAUCUAAUUUUGGAUUUCUCAUUUAAUCUCCAUGAGAUCCAGCAUCCUUAUAUGUAAAAUAAGGAGAAUGAACUAGGGCAGUGGCUCUCAAAGUGUGGUCUGGGGAAGUCUCUGAGACCUUUGAAGGAUACUCAAGAUCAAAGCUUUUUUUUAAUACUAAGACAAGCUUUGCCUUUUUUUUAAAUCCUCACCUGAGGACAUUUUUCGAUAUUUUGUUCAGA